AUGUUCCAGGCCACAGGACCUGCCAGCCCACCUCCAACCCACGAGGCAAAGAACAACUCAGGAGGCAGCACCGUGCAGCGCUCCAAGUCCUUCAGCCUGAAGGCACAGGUGAAGGAGAUGUGCACAGCCUGCCAGAAAACCGUCUAUCCCAUGGAGAGGCUGGUGGCAGAUAAGUUUGUCUUCCACAACUCCUGCUUCUGCUGCAAGCACUGCCACACCAAGCUGAGCCUGGGCAGCUACGCGGCGCUCCACGGGGAAUUCUACUGCAAGCCCCACUUCCAGCAGCUCUUCAAGAGCAAAGGCAACUACGACGAGGGCUUCGGGCGCAAGCAGCACAAGGAGCUGUGGGUGCACAAGGAGGUGGAGAGUGGGACCAAGUCGACGUGA